ACCAAGUCUUUCAUUGCUCAUUUGCUACCUAUAUAUACAUCAGAAGUUUACUCACACUAGGUGCUCAGAGUGGUCGAGUUUACUCAAGCUAAGCUCAUAGGCUCAUAGCUGCAUCUUAAUUAUUUUUUGAAGAUUGCCACUACUGGAUCGAGCAAUUGAACAUGGCAGCUGCGGUUGUUCCUAGUGUAAUUGCUAAUCUUAAAGUUCUUAGUCACGAUAAUUAUGAAGAUUGGAGUUUCCGGUUUAAAACCUACUUGUUGGCUGAAGAUCUUUGGGAGGUUGUGGAAGGGACCUCUGAACCUCCUAGACGAGAAGAUGGAGAAGUUGAAUUCAUGGUCUGGAGGAAGAAUAAUGCCAAGGUUUUACAUGCAAUCCAGAGUUGUUGCGGGGAUGAUACUUAUUUUUUUAUCCGGGGCAUUAGCAGUGCCAAAGUCGCCUGGGAUGCUUUGGCUGAAAAGUUGAAGCCGGCCGAUCCAGCCUUGGAAAACACAGAGGUUUUGAUACCACAUGAAGAAUUGAAUACCGGUCUGACGCGGAAUGAGGAUCAUUAUAACACUAACGGCGACUUCAAUGAGUUCCCCCACCAUCAAUCCUUCAUUGAUGCUGUUGUAAAAGGUGACUGUGAUUCUGCAAAGAAGUAUCUUACUAUGCAUCACGAGGCAAUCAGAGAAAGAGGUUCAUUAUCAGGCUCGACAGCUCUUCACAUGGCAGUUUCAAUGGAAAACGAACAUAUGGCGAAAGAAUUAGUGGAGUGGAUGACGGAGGAAGACUUGGAAAUAGAAGACGCUAACGGUGUCACAGCUUUAGCUCUGGCUACGCUAAUAGCACCCGAAGUGGCUAGAUGCAUAAUCGAAAAGAACAAGAGAUUACUUUGCAUACCAUGCAAUCCCCUUAAAAUGAUCCCACUGAUCAAGGCUUGUCAUGGCGGCCAUUGGGAAUUGGCUCGCUAUCUCUAUUCAGUUACCCCUUUGGAAGCUUUGACGUCGACCCAAGACAACUGUCGGACUAGCGCUGACCUUAUUUCCCACUGUUUUACCUCCAAAGAACUCGAUAUUGCAUUGGAUUUAAUUCAGCGUUGCCCGAACUUGGCCUUUGCUACAAACUCUACGGGGAAAUCACCUUUGCAGGAAUUGGCUUGUAUGCCAUCUCUCUUUUCAAGUGGAACGCAUCUCGGGUUCUGGCAACAAUGGAUCUAUAACAGUAUAAACAUACCACAUGCUUCUGGGAUCCGUGAUGUUCGCAUGGAUGUUCAAAAACAAGCCAAUGACCCGAUUAAUGAUCAAAGGGGUCACAUAAUUCUCUCCGUAAUGCCUUUUCUGCGAGGGCUUAUCUCAAAUCUCCGUAAACUUUUCGGAAUCGAUCACAUAUACAAAUUGAAACAGAUCCAUGUCCAAUCCCUUGAAGUUUUACAAGGCAUAUGCAAAAUGACAGAAGGUUUAAACCUGAAACAAAUGCAAGGAAGUUCCGUACACACAGCACUCUUCAAAGCUGUUGAACAUGGGAAUGAUGAGUUUCUUCGUCAGCUGUUUACUGCAAAUACCCUAGCUUUAGGGAUAUAUGACGAAAAUGCAAAGAGCAUGUUUCAGUUUUCCAUUGAAUGCCGCCAAGAAAAAGUCUAUAACUUUUUCCAUGAAUUUACCCGAAUCAUGAAUGUUCGUACUGAAUCCAGAGUAGAUAAGUUCAACAAUACUUUACUACAUUCAGCAGCGAGGUUAUCCCCACCCGCACAGCUUAAACAAAUCCCAUGUGCAGCAAUGCAAAUGCAGAGAGAACUACAAUGGUUCAAGGACGUGGAGAAAAUUGUACCUCCCAAGUUUCUUGAAGUUGUAAACUAUACAGAUGGCAUGACCGCCCGUGAUCUAUUUACUAAGAACCACAAGGAAUUGGCAAACGAAUGUGAAAGGUCAAUGAAAGCAACAGCAACUUCUUGUACGGUUGUAGGGGCUCUUAUUGUUACAAUCAUGUUUAUCGCAGUAUUCUCAGUUCCAGGUGGAAUCAAGGCAGGCUAUCCCGUGUUCUUAAAUAAAAGGAUCUUUAUGGUCUUCAUAGUUGCUGAUGUCUUUUCACUCUUUUCUUCCACAACUUCAGUGGUGACAUUCUUAGGAAUUCUCAACUCGCGUUAUGCUGAAGAGGAUUUUCUUAAAUCAUUGCCAACGAAGAUGGUUAUAGGCCUUUUCACCCUCUUCUCCUCUAUCGUUACCAUGAUGAUUGCGUUUUCUUCUACCCUUUUUCUUAUGCUGGAUUCAAAAAAGUGGAUAGUGGUUCCGAUCAUUUUACUUGCUAGUGUUCCAGUUGUCUCCUUCGUAUGGAUGCAAUUUUUCCUCCUUGUUGAGAUCUUCAUUUCUACUUACGGAGCUGGAAUAUUUGUGGCCAACAAAAAAGGCAAACCUUGGUCAUUCGGUUCUCUUAGACUGUUCUAGUCAUUUUGUCUUGAUAUUUGUUUCGGUCACUUUUGAGGGAGUUUUUAGGAGUUGCUUAAAGAAUAAUGAUAAAUAAGUUAUGUACACUCUUUCUGUUUUUGGGCCUAAAGAAUGUAUAAUUAAUGUACGUGUUCCAGAUUUGGUAAUAAACUCCAACUUCAAUAUUUGUAUUGGCAUGAA